UUGUCUUCUUUCAAAACUUUAAAUAAUCCAAAACAAGAGAGGGAAGAGAAGGUACUAAAAAAGAAGAAGAUGGCUUACAUUGAUUUUGUGUUUAAGGUUUCUAGUUUGGCUCUUUUUUUCAUCAUCGGCACAACAAGUCGCCCAACCACUGUGCCAAAAGUAUUCACCACUGUGCCAAAAGUAUUCGACGUUCAAAGAUAUGGUGCUAAUGGUGACGGUAAAACAAAUAACACCAAGGCGUUCACAGAUACAUGGAAGGAUGCAUGCACAUGGGAUGGACCGAGCAAAAUGUACAUACCAAAUGGAAGAUUCUAUCUUGGUGGUGUAUCAUUUGUAGGACCGUGCACUAGUAACAUUUCAUUUGUCAUUGAUGGAACUUUGUUGGCUCCUCCGAACAACAAUGACAUUAAAAAAGAAACGUGGAUCAAUUUUCGCUACAUCGACUAUCUCACAGUUUCCGGCAAUGGCACCAUCGAUGGUCAAGGAAAAGAAUCUUGGUUACUAAAUGACUGCCAAAAGAAUAUUAAUUGUCCAAAAUUUGCUAUCAAUAUGGGAUUUUAUUUCGUAAAUAAAUCAAGGAUGGAAGGGAUAACAUCACUCAACAGCAAAGCAGGGCACUUUAGUUUCUUCUCUGUUGAUCAUUUUAACAUCACAGGAGUAAACAUAACAGCUCCCGGUGAUAGUCCCAACACUGACGGCAUCAAAAUGGCUUCAUCAAGCAGCAUGCAAAUCUCAAACACUCACAUCAGCACUGGAGAUGAUUGUAUAGCAAUGCUCUCUGGAAACACCAAUUUUGAUAUCUAUAAUGUCACAUGCGGUCCAGGACAUGGGAUAAGUGGAGAUUCGCACAUUCAGAUCCAAAACGUGACACUAAAAAAUAUUUGGGGAACGUCAAGCAACAAAGUGGCUGUGAAAUUUCAAUGUAGCAAAAGUUUUCCUUGCAAAAAUGUUCACUCAAGUGACAUUAAUUUAAAGCACAACGGAGUCGACGGUCCUGCAAUCACGUUGUGUGAAAACAUUAAAGGUUCUGCUACCGGCAAGAUGAAUCCUCCGCAUUGCUUGAAUUGA